UCCUCCUCCUCUCCUUUUGCGCACCAGGCUCUCCCACCCUCGGCUCUUCUGUUCGCUCACUGUGCUCUCACACUCGGUACGGCUUGUGUCUCUGCCUACUCCUGUGCGUAAGAGCGCACCGAUGGAUAUGUAAAGUGAUGCGCUCCUGAAAAACACCAAAUCUGAGCCUGCAUCAAUGCCUUCCUGGGAAGACGCUGCAGAGCGCGCGCGUUGGAGAGCAGUGUGUUAGAUCAAGUCAGGUUCAUACCACGGCGACUGCUUUUAUUCUCCGCGGUUGGGUUGUGGUUUUCGGAAUGAUAUGUUAAUCAAGAUGUUCAUCGGCACGGAUGACGGUGCGUUGCUAUUUGGAUGUGUGUUUCUGGACUUUUCAGCAUAUCAUGACCACGCGCCCUUUUUCCUCUCUCCAAGUCUUUUCGUUUCUGUGUGAAGUUGAACGGAGGAGAAAGCACGAUGAGAGGGAAAUACUUUCUCCUCGGCUUCUUGUUGCUCAAACUUAUGGCUCUUGUGUGCAAGGCUGACGGGGAGCCGGGACUGCUCGGAGGAUUCGUAAUGAUCGCCACCUCCAACGGCUCAAGGGAGGAGGAGAGCGUGUCCGAAGAGACCCCGCACACGGAGGACAAAUGUCGGGGUUACUACGACGUGAUGGGCCAGUGGGACCCCCCGUUCAUCUGCAAAACGGGCAAUUAUCUGUACUGUUGCGGCACCUGUGGCUUCCGCUUCUGCUGCUCCUUCAAGCACUCGCGGCUGGAUCAAAGCACCUGUAAAAAUUAUGACACCCCGGUGUGGAUGAAGACCGGACAGACUCCCUACAAAAAAAUGAACAAGAUCCACGACAGCACCAAAGACAAGACGAACUUAAUUGUUUACAUCAUAUGUGGAGUAGUGGCCAUUAUGGCUCUUGUGGGGAUUUUCACCAAAUUGGGGCUCGAAAAGGCGCACCGGCCUCAAAGAGAGAACAUGUCCAGGGCCGUUGCCAGUGUGCUGCAGGGCGGCUGUCCAGGUGAGCAGUAUCGAGGGGAGGAGGCCCUAGGGAUGCAUUCGCAGCACUUUGUUUCCAGGGCCACAAACCUCCAGGGCGGUCAGAUGAACAACAGCAUGGGGCCGGGCUCCAACAUGGGCCAACAGCACCCGUACCCUGCCCUCAGCCAGCUGGCUCAUGUCUACGAACAACAGCAACAGCAUCAGCAACAGCAACAGCAACAGCAACAGCAUCAGCAGCAGCAGCAGCAUCAACAGCAACAGCAACAGCAUCAACAGCAACAGCAACAGCAAAACAAGGAUCUCAACAAGUACGCCUCCCUGAAGGCCGUGGCUGCCAAGUACAACGGUGAAGUCUACAACAAGCGCCGGCUGAUGGUGGAGCUGCCGACGAAGGGCGGACUGCCUCUCCAGCCCAUGGGCAACUCCCGAUCCUCAAUGGGCAACAUGUCGUCCAUGACUCCUCCGAUGACUACCAACCCCAUGGCUUCCAACCAAAUGGUGUCAAAUUCCAUGAACCCUAACAUGAGCCAGAUGAGUUCCAUGAACCCUAACAUGAGCCAGAUGAGUUCCAUGAACCAUAACAUGAGCCAGAUGAGUUCCAUGAACCCAAUGACGUCGAUGAUGCCCAUGACUUCGAUGACACCCAUGACUUCCCUCAACCAGAUUACCAACAUGACUCCUAUGACCUCUCUGGGUCCACUGACUCCUGAGCCGGUGGCCACCUAUAUCACCGAGUUGCCCAGCAUCUCUUCCGUUUCAACCCUCCCGACAGAACGGCACAUAGCCGGUGUCGGAGGAGGGGCACUCAAGCUGAAUGGCCAGAAACCUAAAGGCAGCCAUGGUCACAUGGGCCACAGCUCUCACAGCUCUCACACACACAGUCAUGGUCACAGCCACAGUAGCAAGCCGCCAGGCCUUGGGGCUACCUCCCUGGCACACAUGGCAGGGACCAUGCCAGGUCGCACGUCCCUGGGUAUAUCCAGGGCCGCAGAGACCCCCAUUGGCUCCAGCUCGGCCACAAUGGGCCGCCCAAUGGCCUACAGCUCCAACACAAUCGCGGCUGGGCAUACGAUGGGACUGGGGCUGAAGGCCUGGGAUGGGACUGAGACGGUGGGCCGGAGGAAGACCUACGGGCACAAGAAGCCUCAGUGUACUGUGCUGGAGCCCAACCAGCUUCACAGCACCAGAGUCCACAGCCACAGCCAACACUUCCUCCCCACACAGCCCUACUUUGUGACCAACAGCAAGACAGAGGUGACUGUGUGAGAGAGGAAGAAAGGGAGAAAAGGAGGGGCAAAGGAUGCAUGUGGUGUGGUUGCACGAGUAAUCCCUGAGUGGAGACACCAACUCCUGCGUUGGUCAAAAGUGCAGAUCUAUGUGUGUGUUUGUGUGGCUCGCUGGUAUAAUGUGGUGGGACAGUGACACCGUGUCUGAGUGGUCCUCGUUUCACAAACAGAGUUUACCAAUCAAAGCAUGGAUGGCGUCCAAGUUGGUAGCAUCUGUAACCAUGACUUCAAAGAGCCUACUGACCAGGGAUGCGCAUACGUACACUUGGUGGUGAUUUUAGAGUGUUGUCUCACAGCUAACAUCUACUCGGUGAUGUUGACAAUAUCUGAGCAUUACAGUGCAACAACACACAGACAAUAAAGUGGGAAACUGUUAUUUCAAAUGGAAUGGCUUAAUGAACCAAACCUGAGAAGCAAUAUAAGGAAUUAAGUGUAAGGCACUAAAGCAUCAUGGGAAAGAAGAAACACAGCAAGUUUACCCACAAACCUCGCAACAAGAAUUCUGCUCAUCUGCCCAACAAAGCGUUGAAAGAUUUGGAAGAAAUAACAUUCCCUUAUGAUUCACACCCCCCAAAAUCUCCCGAGGGCUUUGAAACAGACACACAUGAUGCAGGCGCUGGGCUUUGGACUGAAGACGUGCAGAGCAUUGUAUUGUGGCUAUUCAGAAGAGCCUUCAUAAGAUCUGCAGCUGAAGGUCGUCCCUUUUCCGCAAGGCUCCAGCACAGAGAAUGGAGGCUGUCACACUGGCAUUGUUCUGUUCUGAUCUCGUCUGUGUGCUGACAGCUGGCCCAGAGGAGGGAUAAAUAGGCAGGGAGGCAGCAUCUGGAUGAUGCUGGAGCUAGCAGACGCUCCACGGACAUUAUUCUCAUACAUACAUGCACACACAAACACAUUCAUGCAGACACAUAUUACACAAACACGCAGAAAAGUAUCCUGCAGCAAUUCCCGCACACCAUGGUUUGACCAAUAUGUUAUUUUAAAAGUACCAAUCAUUUUAGAAUUCAGUUACAAAAGGCUGAUAUUAUGUUUAAUUUGUACAUCUAUCUUUAUUUUUUUUUAAUUAGUCCAUCUGCAUUU